AGGGAGAAGGAUCUGGUUUAAGAUGUGUGAGCACUACAUUAGAGAUGAGUCCUGACCCAGCCAUGUCCUCUUCCUUCUGAGUCAGGAUUUGUGGAAAAUGAGGAAGAGAGCAGUGCCUGAGGUGGCAUUAAUUUCAGUAGAGAUCACCCCAGGGUCCCCAUGGGGCUGAGCAGGGCCAAGAAGGUGUCAGGUGGGGAGACACCUCACUUGCAGGAUGGAUCGUGGCUUCUCACAUCACCACUGUUUCUACAGGAACUGGAGCUCUGCUAUCGAAGCCCUGGGAAACCCCAGCUCUUCUCUGAGUUCUACGUUGGCCAUCUGGGGUCGGGGAUCCGGCUACAGAUUAAAAGCAAAAAUGAUGAGACUGUGGUGUGGGAGGCCUUGGUGAAAUCAGGAGACCUCAGACCUGCAGCUCCCCUGGUCUCUCAAGCCCCGACAGCCUCACCUUCACCCCCCAAUGCUGCAGACUUGCUGCACUUUGUGGACCAACAUCGGGCCCAGCUGGUGGCUCGAGUGACAUCGGUGGAUGCAAUCCUAGACAAGCUGCAUGGACAGGUGCUGAGCGAGGAGCAGUAUGAGAGGGUGCGGGCUGAGCCCACCAAUCCAGACAAGAUGAGGAAGCUGUUCAGCAUCAUCAAGUCCUGGGACUGGGCCUGCAAAGAUAAACUCUACCGAGCCCUGAAGGAGAUCCAUCCUCACCUAAUUGAGGAACUCUUGGAGAAGUGAUGCAGUGGAGGAGACUAGGGGAGUUACUGACAAGCUCGGAGGCUGAAGUCAGAAUACCUGCUUCUGAGUCCUGGCUCUGACUGUCCAGGCUUUGGGUCUAGGUUUCUUCAUGUCUAAACACAUUGCCAUUGCCCAGCCAGAGUGGCUCAGUUGCCUGAGUGUCAUCCUCUUCACUGCAGGGUUGUUGGCUCGAAUCCUGGUCAGGGCACAUACCUGG